GCCACCUAACAUAAGACAUUCGGAUUCCAACAACAUUUUUUAUAUUUUGCAUAUACACAAAAGAGACCUAAUUUGGACUUGAGUGGACUGAAUCUGUUUCUUCCCCUCUCAAUUCCCUAGUUAAAUAGAUACAAUCUACCGUUGGAAGAGAGAAAACGUGGUCAGAUUCUCUGCUGUGUUUGUGAGUGAAGUGCAAAAUGGCCAUCAGUGGAGGAUAUGGCGAUGCGAAAAUCGACUACGUGUUCAAGGUGGUGCUGAUCGGAGACUCUGCCGUCGGCAAGUCCCAAAUACUGUCACGUUUCUCCCGCGAUGAGUUCAGCCUCGACUCCAAAGCAACCAUCGGCGUUGAGUUCCAGACGCGCACCAUGGUCAUACAGCACAAGUCCGUCAAAGCUCAGAUCUGGGACACCGCCGGACAAGAAAGAUAUAGAGCCGUCACAAGCGCUUACUACAGAGGAGCCGUUGGGGCCAUGUUAGUUUACGACAUCACCAAACGUCAGACCUUUGACCACAUCCCUCGCUGGCUGGAAGAGUUGCGUUCCCACGCGGACAAGAACAUUGUAAUUAUCCUAGUCGGGAACAAAUGCGAUCUGGAGGACCAGAGAGCAGUCCCCACUGAAGAUGCCAAGGAAUUUGCCCAAAAUGAAGGGCUCUUCUUUCUAGAAACCUCGGCUCUCGAAGCAACCAACGUGGAGGAGGCAUUCUUGACCGUUUUGACCGAGAUUUUCAACAUUGUGAACAGGAAGAACCUUGCGGCUGGUGAGGAUCGAGGGAAUGGUGAUACCGUGUCUUUGUCGGGCAAGAAGAUUGUUGUUCCUGGGCCGGGCCAGGUGAUCCCGGAAAAGAAAGGGAUGUGUUGUGGGUCGUGAUUGUCGAGGUUACUUCUUUUUGGUUGUGUGAUUUUUAAUAUUCAGUUGUAGAUUUACUAAACUCCAGUGAGUAGUGAGAUUUUGAAGAAGAAUAUGGUUUGUUUGAUUUUUUAUGUGGAGGGAGGGAAAUGAAACUAAGUGAAUAGUUCAAAUUUGUGUCUGGUCAAUUUAUCAAUUACCCUUUUGUUUGUUUAUCUUUAAUAGAUUUUGAUGCCAUUCUUUAUUAUGUUUAUGUGAGUACUUUGUCAGGGCAAGCUAACCAUUGGGUCGACAUACUCG